AUGAGUUGCGACUCAUCCUUCUUUUUUAGUGAUUCUAAUUUAGAAUAGAAGUGCGAAAUAGCCAAUUCGUUAUGUGCUCAAAAUUAAAUAUUCAUAAACUAUUACUCUAUAAUCUAUUGCCAACUCGACGGACAUUGGAUUUUGUUCAUAUUGAUGGCCAUAUUUGUUGUAUUGAUAGUAUUCAGAUUUAUGAGCACAUUAGUGAUGUUUUAUCUAACACCUGCAAUAGAGUUUAUAACAGAGAAAUUAAAUAUUUCACAAUCAUUGAGUGCAGUCACUUUGUUGGCUUUUGCUAAUGGGGCUGGAGAUGUUGUCACUGCAAUUGUGGCCACUGAAACCUUGGACGCCAUCAGCUAUAAUAUUGGUUCUUUAUAUGGAGCAGGUUUUUUUGUGGCCACAUUAGUUGUUGGAAUAACUAUAAUUAAUUCACAAUCAUAUAUAGUCAUGAAGUCCUAUUUUAUUUGGAGAGAUAUCUUGUUUUAUAUUGUUGCAACAAUCAUAGUAAUUAUAUAUGGAAUUGUGGGCGAAUUUUCAUUGAUUGAUUCUGCAUUCUUAUUGUUAAUUUAUAUAAUCUUAGUAAUUAUAGUAUUAUUUUAAGAUAAGUUUUCAAGUCGAUCUAAAAAACAAUUUGAUGAAUUUUUAAUUGAAAAUGUGAUGGAUGAAACCUAGGUAACUGAGGAAAUAUAGCCUGAAUUGCAAGGUGUUAAUCUCAAUGAAGAUAACAAAAAGACAUGUGCUGACAAAACAUUUUGUGUUGUAGAUAUCCCCUUUAGAUUCAUCUUGAAAUAUAGUAUACCUCCCUCUUUUAAUGUUGCCAAAUCUACUUUGCUAAUUACCAUUUUCCCAAGUCUUAGCUUUGUCUACUUCAUAUUAGGAUCAAAAAAUUACGAUAUUUUCAGCUAUUUAUACAUAUUGUCCGUCUCUAUUGUAUUAGCCAUAGCAAUCUAUUCAUCAUAUCCAUAAGAUAAUGAAUUGCCUAGCUACUACAUUUAUAUCUAGAUCUACAUAACCAUAGUAUCCUUGGUUUGGAUCUAUUGUUUGAGUGGAAUUCUCAUAGAUACUCUAACCUUUUUUGGAAUGCUAACCAACCUAUCCAAUACUUAUUUAGGGAUGACAAUCAUUGCUAUGGGAAAUGCUCUCCCAGACGGAAUAGUUACCAUGACUCUUGCCAAAUAAGGGUAUGCCGUUAUGGGAAUAACAGGAGCAUAUUUUGGGUAAAUUUUUGGAUUGUUAGUGGGUCUGGGCAUAUCACUUUUAAAAACUAAUUUGAAAACAGGUGCCAGUGUUGAAUUCGAUUUGUUUAAUAAAGAUCUAAUUCAAUAAAAUUUGAUAAUGAUUAUCAUCAUAUUUUCCACUCUAUUUGUAUUGAUAAUCACUUUUUUAUAUGGUAUAGUAAAGAAGUAUCAUUUCGCCAGAGAUCUUUCAGUUUUGCUCAUAUUGAUAUAUGUAUUAGUAUUAAGCACAAUUACUAUAAUUGCUAUAUAUGAAGCUGUAUGA